CCCUCUCCCCUUCUUCUCCACCACCGGCCGCCGCCACGGCCAGGCCGGCGUGGUGGUGCGCCACCCAGCACCUCCACCCGCUCCACUUCACCACUGCUCCACCCAGCACAUCCAGCAGCACCGCACAUAUCCACCACCCGCCGCUGCACCAUCCAUCCACCAACACCACCAUCGCCAUCUCGCGCGCACUACCAGACCCUGGUCUGGUGCCUCGCGCGACUCUGCCUUCUGCUGCUGCUCCGUCUUCUCCUUUACCUGCUGCUGCUCUGCUUCCACGCCUUGCUGCUGCUCCCUCCUACUGCUCCCUAAACUUGUUUGCUGCUGCUUCCCCUCUCCUAGCGCCUCAACCUGCUGCUUCUUCUUCCCCAAACUCUGCUACUACUCCCCCUUUUCCUCUCCCUUCACCUGCUGCGAUCUCUCUCUCUCCCACAUCUUUGCUGCUGCCCCUGCUGAACCCUCUUCUCUCCUUGCUGCUCUUUCUCUUCUCCCUCAACGCCUGCUGCUGCUUCCUCUCAACGCCCCUGCUACUUCUUCUCCCACGGCGUACUCUGAACCCCAUACUGCUGCUACUACGUUCCACCUGCUGCUGUUCUCUCUCUCUCUCGCUUUCUCUGAAAAUUUCUGUGAAGUUAGGCAGUGUAUGACAUUUAAUAUUCAGAUUUGAUACGUGCUUGCAAUCUGUAAUUGGUUCAGUUGUACUUGUAAUAUAACGUCAAUCUUAUGUGUACUGACUGGUCGAUGCACCUAUAUAAAUUCGGUUUACCUAUGCUAUAUUCUUCACUUGUAUGGUUCAUGUGUGUGUGUGUGUAAUUUUGUGAACCAUUAGUGUUGAGACUUAUUCAAUUGUAGACUGCUUUGUGCUAUUUCAAUAUCUGUGAUUCAUCUGUCAA